AUGCACUUGCUGCAGGUUUUUCUGCAAGAAAAAAAUGUCUCUUGGAAAAAUGUUGGUGGUUUAGUGAAAAUAAGAUAUAUUGUCUGCUCAAAAGAAGGAUUUCACGUUAGCAAAGAAAUAGAUUCUCAGUCAGUUGAUGAGAAUAGUAAAAAGAUUGUUAGAUGUAAUAGAGGUUCAAAAAGAGUUGGAUGCAAUGCUCAUGUGAAAUUAAUAUUAGAGAACAAUAAUAUGUUUAAAAUCUACUACUUUGAAGAAGAACAUAAUCAUAUCUUUGUUGAAGAUGAAGAUAUUCAUUUCUUGCCGGCUGUAAGAAGUAUUGAUUAUGUUAAAGAGAGUUUUAUAUCUGGAUUGUUUGCAAUCAAUAUUGGACCUGUUAAAGCAUUCAAUAUUAUGAAAACAAUGUAUGGUGGUUUUGGUGAAGUUGGUGCUAGUAAAGUUGAUUGUAAGAACUAUAGAAGGGAUUUGAAUCUUUACAUAGGAGAGUAUGAUGCAGAAAUGGUAGUUAGGUGUCUUAUUAGGAAGAAAGAAUGUUUUCCUGUGUUUGGUGACAUAGUUGGUUUUGAUGAUACUUAUAAAGCAAACAAAUAUGAUUUGGUUUUUGUACCAUUUACUGGGAUUGAUAAUCAUUUUAGGAAUGUCACAUUUGGUGGUGCAUUACUUGGUUCUGAGACUGCAGAUUCUUAUAGAUGGCUUUUAAGGUGCUUUGUUAAUGCUUUUGGAAAUGAGCCUAAAGUUGUUUUUACUGAUCAAGAUGCUGCAAUGAAGAGAGCUAUUAAGGAUGAACUUUUAAGUAGGCAUAGGUUAUGUAUGUGGCAUAUAUGGGAGAAAUUGAAGACAAAGGUUGGUCCUGUUUUGUCAGCAAACAUUGAUUUUAAUACAAGAAUGACUCAUGUUGUUUGGAAUGAUACUAUUAUUCCAGAAGAUUUUGAAACUGAGUGGCAUUCAAUAAUGUCUACUUUUGGAUUGGAAAAUCAUGAGUGGUUAAAAGAUAUGUACGAUCUUCGAUUUGAUUGGAUUCCCGCUUAUUACCAUGGAGAGAAUUUGGCUGGUCUUAUGCGUACUACGUCUAGAUGUGAAAGCGAGAAUUACUUCUUUGGUCAGAUUUGCAAUCCAAGAUGUACAUUUGUUGAAUUUUUCACUCAUUUUGAGACUGCAAUGGAUAUUCAAAGGCAUAAGCAUAGGAGGAAUGAUCAUGAUACAAGGUAUAUUCAGUCUAAGACCUGGAGUGACUUUGUAUUGGAGAAACAAGCAUCAGAAAUAUAUACCAAAACAAUUUUUAAAGAUAUUCAGAUUGAAAUUGAUGCUGCCAUUACAAAGUGUAUGUCAAAGUCUCAUGAUACUGUGGGUGAUGUUCAAUAUUAUGAAAUAAAGGAUUUCAAACAGCCAUGCACAUCUUUAUUCAAGGUUCAAUACAACAAACAAGAAGAUGGUUUAAGUAUAAGUUGUACUUGCAAAUGGUUUGAACAAUUUGGUAUAUUGUGCCGCCAUAUAUUUUAUGUUCUACAGUAUGAUGAUAUAACUGAGUUUCCUAGAAGAUAUGUUCAUAGAAUAUGGAUGAGAGAUGUUGUUUCAAAUGGAUCAAAUCAUUGCAAUAUUCGGUUUGAUGAAAUUGGUAGGAAUAGUGAAAUUGAUAAAGUUUUGAGAGAAACCGUUGUUGCAAAGGAGUAUGUGGUUAAUAGGUUGGUUGGGGAUUUAGAUGAGCUGUGUCGUUACAGUGAUCAUAUUAAAAGUUAUAUUGAUAAAGCGGAUGAGGUUAUGGUUGCUGCGCCGCCUCCUAGGCGCAAAGAAAGAUUUGCUGAUAUUGGAGGGAACUUAGAAAAGUCAGAUUCUAUGAUUCGUGUCCCGAUCAAAAUAAGGACCAAAGUGUGCGGUGUACAAAAAAGGAUCAAGUCUAAUCGUGAGAUUGCAAUUCAGAAAUCAUCAAAGAUCCAGAAAUCGUGCCGUGUAUGUGGUGGAAAAGGACAUAACAGUCGCACAUGUAAAGAUAAGGUUUCUUCUAAUGCUAUAGGUUCUAGCAAUGCAAUUUAA